AUGUUCGCUCCAGGCCAGGAACAGCUCUCCAAGGAGGAGAUCAGAGCCGGUGAGGUCCAGGCUAACCAGACCAUCCGCAUGGCUGUCUCCGGUGGUAUCCUGCUUUACCUUUCUCCCUUCGCCAUCGACUUCGUCAAGAAGUUCCUGUAA